UUUAAAAUUAUUCUUCCAUAGCCUCAGACCAUUCGGCAGACUCUUCAAAAGACCCUGCAGUAUUUUGAGCAUCAAGUUAUUGGUAGUUACAGAGAUGCAGAGAAGAAUUUUCACAAUAUAUCAAACAGAUGCUCCUAUACAGACUGCUCUGGCAAUGAAGAAACUGAAGAUGUCUCAGGAAUUCUCCAGUGUACGGCUAAUGUACUAGGUCUGAAGUUUGAGGAAAUGCAAGAAAAGUUUGGGGAGGAAUUCUUCAAUAUCUGCUUUGACGAGAAUGAAAGAGUUCUUCGAGCUGUAGGUGGAACCCUUCAAGACUUCUUCAAUGGCUUUGAUGCUUUGCUGGAGCAUAUUAGAACUUCAUUUGGAAGACAGGCCACCCUGGAAUCUCCUUCUUUCCUAUGCAAAGAACUCCCUGAAGGCAAUCUCAUGCUUCAUUAUUUUCACCCACACCAGAUUGUGGGAUUUGCAAUGACAGGAAUGAUAAAAGCAGCAGCAAAGAAGAUUUACCGCUUGGAAGUAGAAGUAGAACAGGUCACAAAUGAUAAGUUGUGUUCAGAGGGGACAAACCCAGGUAACUGCAGUUGUUUGACUUUCCUUAUCAAAGAACAUGAAAAUGCAAAUACCACAAAAGCACUUCCACCAGGAACUUCCCAGUCCCCCUUAGACCUGAGGAUUAGUAUCAGCACCUUCUGCAGAGCUUUCCCCUUUCACCUGAUGUUUGAUCCAAACAUGCUGGUUCUCCAGCUUGGAGAAGGUCUUAGGAAGCAGCUCAGAUGUGACACUCAUAAAACCCUGAAAUUCCAAGACUGCUUUGACAUAGUCUCUCCUAAAAUCAGUGCCACAUUUGAACGAGUUCUCCUGAGGUUAUCUACACCCUUUGUCAUUCGGACCAAACUUGAGGAUUCUGAUUCUGAAAGUAAAGAUAAGGUGAUGGAAAUUAAAGGACAAAUGAUUCAUGUGCCAGAAUCAAACUCGAUAUUAUUUCUGGGUUCCCCCUGUGUGGACAAGCUGGAUGAGCUGAUGGGCCAAGGCCUCCAUCUUUCGGACAUACCUAUCCAUGAUGCUACUCGUGAUGUCAUAUUGGUUGGGGAGCAAGCAAAGGCGCAGGAUGGCUUGAAAAAACGAAUGGAUAAGCUGAAGGCAACGCUAGAAUGUACACACCAAGCCCUGGAAGAGGAGAAAAAGAAGACAGUAGAUCUCCUUAUUUCUAUUUUCCCUGAAGAGGUGGCUCAGCAGCUGUGGCAGGGGCAGCAGGUUCAGGCCAGGAAGUUUGAUGAUGUCACCAUGCUCUUCUCGGACAUCGUUGGCUUCACUGCCAUCUGUGCUCAGUGCACGCCCAUGCAGGUCAUCAGCAUGCUCAACGAGCUCUACACGCGCUUCGACCACCAGUGUGGAUUCCUUGACAUCUACAAGGUGGAAACAAUAGGUGAUGCGUACUGUGUUGCAGCAGGGCUCCAUAAGAAAAGCCUUAGUCAUGCCAAAGCCAUUGCCCUGAUGUCACUGAAGAUGAUGGAGCUUUCAGAAGAGGUUCUCACUCCAGAUGGAAGCCCUAUUAAGAUGAGGAUAGGCAUUCACUCAGGUUCGGUGCUGGCCGGCGUCGUUGGUGUGAGAAUGCCACGCUACUGUCUCUUUGGGAACAACGUCACCCUUGCGAGCAAGUUCGAGUCAGGAAGUCACCCGCGCCGCAUCAACGUCAGUCCCACCACCUACCAGCUUUUGAAAAAGGAAGAAAAUUUUAUUUUUAUCCCUCGUUCCCGUGAAGAGCUUCCAGAAAACUUUCCAAAGGAAAUUCCUGGGAUCUGUUACUUCCUGGAGGUCAGAAGUGGUCAGAAGCCGCCAAAACCUUCCAUCACAUCUGCCAGAGUGAGAAAGGUGUCUUACAACAUCGGCACCAUGUUCCUCCGGGAAACUAGCCUAUGAGGCCUGCUGCAGAUCAAAGACUCGUCAAAAAAGCACAAGCCCAGAACUGGGUCAUGACAGGGGAGUUGGAGGUUCUUUGUGUCUCACUGCCUUCUUCUGAGCAGGCAGUAAAAAGCUCCAUGUAAUGUCAGGCAAUAAUCAUUUUAAAAGGUGGGUAACUGCUGUCAGUAAGCAAAGUGGAGAUAAGGAAAAAAUAUUAAACAAUGUACUUCCACUUCCAGAGGAAUUUCUUUCACAAACUUAAGUCUGGCCCCUCUAUGGCAAACAAAACAACAAAACAAAACCCCAACUCUCAAAUUAGAGGUUGGUCUUGUUUUGUGCAGAAAGGAUGAUGGUUCUCUGUAGAUUUGCACCAGCUAAGCAGAAUUGAGAGUCAGUUCUGAUUAUGCAUUCCUAUAUUUAAUGUGUUCUUCAGUAAGGUAAUGAUGUUUUUUAACUUUAUGAACAAGCAUUUCAUACAUAUACUGUAGAGCUAUUGUAACCUUCCUGGCAGGAGGAAUUAUGACUCAGUACAAAUAUUGUAGGAAUUUUACCUAUUUUUAUACAUAUUUCACUUUCUGGAUAAUUACAUUCCACAUACUGUAAGCUGAGUGAAUUUAGAUAGCUUUUCAGAAGAAGUUACUGUAUAUUUCAUACAUUCUACCUUUCAAACCUUAUUGUUACACAAGUGGGAAGAAGGCAUUUCUUGACUUUUUGGCAACAAAAAAAUCAAUAUUUACAGAAUAAAAACCCCACUUUGGUAAAUUACUUUAUCCAGUUUUUAUGCUAAAGCUUUAGAUGAGAACUGUCUUCUUAUAUUAAAAUAAUGUUCAGUAUUUGUCCUACAGUGUUGUAUGUCCAGUCCUUCCAGGACAAUGUAAACAAAGUGCAGAAGAUCAAUGUGUGGACAAAGAGAAAAGUUCUUCUCAAUGGGUCUUCUUUUCCCUCCAAAUUAUCAGCCAAACUGAUUUUCAGUAGAAGCCCUGAACUUCUCUAAAAAGUCUAUUGAAAACUUAUUCUGAGGAAUUCCAGCAGACACUGGAAGCUAUCUGGAUGCUGGUUUUCCACAUUUUUUAAUAGGACUUGUGCUUGUAAUCCAGAUUGAUUGUUGAAAAUCCAUUCUGUUCAUAAUGAUUGCUCAUUUGGAAAUUUCCUCUAUUGUUUGAUUGGCUGAAGGUUCCCUGUUUUUCUAGUUAAGAUCAGAAAAACACCAAAAAGGGAAAGAGAAAGAAAAAAAAAGAAAAAAAAAAAAAAAGGAAAAAAAAGGCCAAUUCUUUGCUGUUGAAAAUUAAUAGUAUUAUUAAUAGUAUUAUUGUCUUCAGUUAAUCCAGUUCAAGCAAGGUGUGUAUCUGGCACAUUUUCAGGUUUAUUUCUCAGGUUUUCUUUUUUAAAGGUAGUGGUGGUCAGUUUUCCUGUGCAGGUGUACUGCCUUUGGAUCAUACUGGGGUCAUGAUGUUCUGAGCUUGCAGAUUGUUAAAAUUCGUGCCGUGAUUCCAAAGCGGCUUAGCUGUUCGUGGGCCUUUAAUUACUUUAAUCAAAGAUAAGACUCAGCAGCAGCUAGGAGGCAUGAGAAACUCAGCAUUUCUCUAAUCCAGAACAGAAAUGAGUUUGCUUAUGGAUUUAGUAGUCAUAAAAUGAGGCAUCUCUUGAAAAUAAGUAAGUAACUGUCACCACAUUUCGGGAUUGUCCAGCUGGAUCUUUCUGUGAAAGGAAUGACAGUUGUCUGUUUCUCCCCACUGACCAGUAGCCCCUGUGAGUCAGCAUGGUGCUGCUGCCCUGUGCUGAAUAAGUUUCAGGCUUCUUUUCCAUGAGAAAGGACUGUCUUGAACCUUUACAGACUUCAGCAUUCAGAGGACAUCUGAAAUUACUCUGCAGGGGUGAGUUUUUCCUUGCCUGAGGAAGGAAUGGGAAUUAGCAUGGGAAUUAGCCCAGAAACCUAUUUUAAUGCAAAUUCCCUCACUUUCUAGUGGGAUACUGAUGUUAAAGAUUUCUUCCAUUGGUAUUAGAGCAUUCUUGGGAUUAGAGGAGUUAUUUUUUUUAUCUUCCUUGAUAAACAGCAUAUGGAAUUCUGUGGCCUAUCUGAAAAAUUACUUAAAAAAAGCCGUUCAAGCUAGAGGUUGUGGAAUUUCCAUGCAAACUACAGAUCUGAGCAUUUCCUGCACAGGAUGACAAGUUUUAGCCUAUAGCCAUUAGUUUGCACAUACACAGGAUGUAGAAUGCAUUUUUUUUACCCUGGGAACACCAGUGAGAUGUGUAAGAAUCAUAAAUGGAUCAAAGUUCAUGUUUCACCACUGAAAGAGGAAUGCCAUUUCCCAGCUAAUAAAUCCAUGGUUCUUAUGUCAUUACUUAGUUCCCUAGAGUGAUUUUUUUUCAAAUAGCCAUUAGUAGAUUUAGAUUUCAGUCUGACUUCUCUGUCACGUCUUCACUGUUCAGUAAGUGCUGGUGUCAGUCCCAGCCUAUCUGGCCAACCUCUUUUUCUCUUCUCACCACCCACCUAUGUGAAGAGUAUACAUGUAGAGGUUUAAACCGAAAGCUUGUAGUUCGAUAACUUUUCUCCUACAGUUGGCAGUAAGAAAUGUCUAGGUUAACCUAGACAUUCUACACCUGAUCUUGAUCAAUGGAAACAUUUUUAAUGAAUGAUGGAUAGAUGCUAGUAUUACUUGCAAAUUGGAGAAGCAAUCAAAACCAGUUUGUAUCACCAUCCUCAUCCUCUUAGAGACUUUUUGUUGUAUAAGGAAAUUUAAAAUCAUAGAGAUCUGUGUGAGAACUGAAAAUUGGUAUCUGUAUCACCAUGAAUACAUUGAUAGUGUUUGAAAAUAACCCAUCUAGCUCCCUGAAUUAGAGUACACUGACUGUAUAAAAGUAUACAGUCUUUGUUUUUCAUAAGCUUAUGUAAAGGUAACAUAUCUAGAACUGCAGCACAGAUACUAAGUAUUGUCUUACUUGUGUUAUGAUGAGGGAAGUUAAUGAAAACAGUGUGGGCUCUCUGGGGACAUUUUUCUAUGUCAAUGUGAGGAAUGUAAAACAUUCUCAGCACUUUCUAAAGAAGUAGUUGCAUCUGCUGCCUUUCAUAUUAGGUUGCAAACUUAUUUUGUUGGACACCUUUACAAAGUUAAAUGAAACUUAUUAUCGAGAUUGAUGUUGUCAUGUCAAUUAUGUGGUAGGUUGUCAGACUCAACGUUUUUCCAACAGCACUUACUUUUGGUGAUAGGGAAAAGGUUCUCAUUUUCCUGGCAUUGUCUUCAGAAAUAGAAAGGUUCUCAGAAUUUUUUAUCUUGAGAUGAUGAGGUGGGGAGGUUAGAGUUGCUGAAAUGGUUACAGAAAUCAUAUACUCUAGCUGGAACUUCCUUUCAAGUUUUUACUCCCUGUAAAACAGAUGAUCUUUGGUUCCUCUGGGUAAGAAUUUACAUUCUUGUGUUUCUUCAUGUAGCUGCAAGUAGCCACAUCUGCUGUCUUGAGUUUCUGUGCAGAACAAAUCCAACCUCUCUGAAGAGAGAGGGAGAUCUAUUUUGUAUUGCAUGUACAAGGCAAAGGGAAGGUGAUGUGAGGACCCCCCCUAGCUGUUCAUUAAUCUCUUUGUGGCCAGUUUCUUGUACAAAAAUCAGGAGGCCAAAGUGAAGAGAGUCCACAGUCAUUUCCCCAGAACAGUUUUUACAGAUCUUGUGUCAGAUUUUUCCAUCUGCUUGAAGCUUCCCAUCACACAGGCUUUUCUGUGAUGCAAUUCAUAGAGAUCAUGAACUUGGGGCAAAAAGGAAAUAGUGAUGAAGUGGUAGGGUGGCAGAUAAAUUUUGUUCUGCAUCCCUCUGGUAAAAUUUGCCAUUCAAAGACAAAAGCCUCUGCACGGGAGAAUUGCUACUAAGCCAGGACUGUCAAAGUGUGGUUUUCAUGUAGGAUCCCAAAGGAUAUUUCAUUUUUAAUUCCAGAAAGCCAAUAGUCAUUAGCUGUGAUUGUGGUUUUGGCUUCUCUGCUCAUUCCCACAUACAGUUUCAGAUCUGAAUCUGUUUUGAAGCCUGGAAACAUGCCUCUGCAAACAGAAAACCAGAGCUCUUAAAACCUUGAAAUUCUUGUAUGGGAAUUGCCUGUUUUGAAGAAAUCCUUGUGAUUGAGUCAUUAACAGUCCAUGGCAGUUCAUGUGUGUUCACAUGCCAUUUCACAGUGCUAUCUCCUCUUGUGCUUACAAUGUUCCCUACCAAGCCCAACAACAGGAUUGGGCAUAUUUAACAUCCAUCUUCCAUUUUUUCCUGUAUAAAGCAAGCAGUGCAAAACCAUGACAUGCUGCAUUGCUGCAUGCAUUUAAAAGUAUCAGCCCUGCACUAAGAUGUAAACUCUGAUAACCAAUUUCACAUUGUAUAUUUCUUGCUCUGAACAGAUCCUUCUCUCAGGCAAUUUAAAAAUGAAUGGAAAAAAAAAUAGCACCGAAAACGGCUGUGUGGAAUUGUAAAUGAGUCUGAGACCUGCAUUGGUUGUUGGGGCAGGUUGAAUUGCUGGACAGCUUUCUGAUUCUUCAGCUGCCACAGGCUGUCACAUGCUACAUGCUUCAUGCAGACGGUCCUGUCAAGGAGUCUAUAAUCCAGAAGCAGCACUGUAAACUUAGGGCAUCUUCUGAGUUUUCCUCUUCUAGUCUCAGGCCACUGCCUCACUUUUGCUGAGUGCUCAGAGCUUGCUAAGGAGAGCUAGUUCCCUGUCCUAAUGCAGUCUCAGAGUUCCUGGCUUCCUUUCUGGAUUCUGGUGGUCUUUUGCAAAAUUGUGCAUGUGUAGUAUUGGAAAUAGCAACAUGCUUAAAUUAGCAGCAAAACAAGAAGCUUAAAAAUGCUUGUCAAACUCAGAGGCAGUUGGUUCCUUUCCCUCAAGGUAAUACAUUAUUCAUAAUGCUGUACAGGAUUGAGGGUGCCAGUGACAGGAGAGGCUAUGGAUGAAUUGAAGAUGCUGAGUGUGCAGCAGCCUCAACCAGUAGGAGUUGAUUAGCUUUUGCUUCUGUUAAUAAUUCCAUCAUCUUGCAUGCUAUGUCCUGCUCUUGGUCAGGGUUCUGCUCUCCAAAAGACCUCCACUUUCCUUCCCUUAGCACACUGUAUGUGACAUAGUGAAUAAUUCCUGUUGUUGUUCUAAUUAGCAUAUACUGUUGACAUGGCUGCUUAUAUCUAAAGAAUAACUGGGGUUAAAGGGCUGAUAUUACUCUUGCAAGACAAAACUGCUACAGUGACACAGCAGGCACUCACAUCCUUAGAGAGGGAAAAGACCACAGUGCAAGUUAUCACUGGUGGAUUUGGGUGAAGUCUGCAUUAACAGUCCAUAGGAUGUUUUUAGCUUGCACAAGCACCAAAUUUAUCUGUGCAGAUAGGAGUUACUCCUUAACAACGUUAUUAAUUUACAAUGCUUGAGCAGACAUACAACAAAAAUCUGUGAAAUAUUUAACCUCAUAUACACAAUUGAUCUUUUGUGGCUUGGCUGUUAAUCAUGCUU